AUGUCUGGGGGAGAAGGCACAGGCGCAGGCGCCAAGAAGAAGAAGAAGACCAAGGGGCAGUCAGAUGAGCCACCAGUGGUACUGGACGCGCCUCUGAGUAUACUAGUAAAAGAUAUUACCACAGUGCAGGACACUAAUAUCGAAGACUACGUAAACCGAGGCGCGGAGGUGCGGCAAAGGGAGGUAAGGGAAUCGAAAGAUGGCAAGGUGAAGCGUCCGAUGAACGCAUUUAUGCUUUAUCGGAAGUCUUACCAAAAUCGAGCCAAGGAAUGGAGAAAGCAUGAUAACCACCAGGUUAUCUCACGGAUCUGCGGUGCGAGCUGGGCUAUGGAGCCAUCGUCUCUGAAAGAGCAGUUCGACUCCUAUUCCAAGAUCGAACGGGCAAAUCAUGGCAUUGCUUUUCCUGAUUAUAAGUUCGCGCCAGCUAAGGCUAAGAACAGGAAAUCCGGCAGUAGAAGUACUACCGUCAAUGAGUCGGAAGACGAUGGAUCUGACCUGGAAGGUUACCACUGGGAUACCGCUCCGCCGUCGAGAAGUUCCUCAAGACCGCUAUACGAUCCAGAUGGUGAAUACCAACCACCAGGAACGAGAACAAGGUAUCAGCCGUAUCAGUCACCAGUCAUGAAUCACCAACGACUGCCACAUCCAGCACACCCGUCUUCGUUUCAUCACUCGAACCCGGGCAAGCCUCGGCCAAUCGAGUACGGGAUUGGGCUUGGACCAGGCCAGUACUAUCAGCAGACGAGCGACUACAUGCGCCCGACUUACCCACAUCAUAUGUCGCCAUACGGCAACCAAAUUCCCUUUGUAGAGAAUGUCUACAUGAACAAGGCGAACUCACCCGUGGGGUCAUACCAUAGCUCCCCUGUUGACCACUACGGAAAUAUGAUGGGAUCCGCGUACCCGCCACCACCUCAUCCGCACCAGCGCAUGAGCGAGCACCCUAUAGACCCGUCACUCAUGGGCCAACAAGGUAGCGAGCACUUCGACGCGCUAGGUAUCCUCGGACUAGGGAGCCAAGGUGAGGGACUCCAACCUCACUACACGCUAGACCAGGGAAAUCUGAGCGGACACGUAAGCGAAGAGCAGCACCAUCAGCAGUUCGAACAGGCUUUCCAUCAUCCUAACCACACUGUGGCUGAGGAACGACCAUCGUGGCACGACGACGUACCGAAGCUGGCAGAGGGCGAGUGGGAGACACUAGCCGCGGGCACCGACUUCGACAUCGACGGCAUUCUGGGGACGACGGAAAGCCCUGGGAGUUAA